AUGAGGAUACCUGCGCCGUACUUGGUGGACACCAAGAAGUUUUUGGCUCCAGAGCUGCCAGAGGCGCCCCUCAUUGUCUUCAUCAACUCCAAGUCUGGGGGCCGUGCUGGGCCCAAGCUGACAGAGGUCCUCUACCACACACUUGGCCACGCGCAGGUGUAUGAUCUGCUGGAGUACCGCCCAGGGCCGGUGCUGAAACACAUCUGGAAGAACCUGGAGGCGCAGGAGAGAGCUGGGGAUACCUGGGCCCCUAUUGUGCGCAGGAAGAUGCGGAUUCUGGCGGCGGGCGGUGAUGGCACCGUGGCGUGGAUCCUGAAGACGAUCAGGGAUCUGGAGUUGGACCCUGCCCCUUAUGUGGCUGUCAUGCCUCUGGGCACCGGCAAUGACCUGUCGCUGUCCUUCGGCUGGGGCAACACCUUCCUGCAGUCCUGGAUCGAUAAACACAUCACGAUCUACGAGACGCUGAAGAGGAUAGGCGAUGCCGAGCAGCGAAACCUGGACACCUGGAGCAUCUCUCUCACCUCUGGCCAGGGCAACAUCUUCAAGGAGUUGCCGCACUCCCUCGAGGUGGUGGACUCCAGCUCUGUUGAGCCACCCGCACCCAAGGAUGUCAGCAAGGUGAAGGGCCUGUUCUGGAACUACUACAGUGUGGGCCUGGACGCGCAAGCGGCGUACGGCUUCCACAGCCUGCGGGAGAAGCGCCCCUGGGCGGCCCCCAGCCGCAUGAUCAACCAGGGCUGGUACGGCUACUUCUCCUGCACCACCGGCUGGUUCUGCAAUGCGCCCCCCGUCCGCAACAAGAUCUGCCUCAAGGUGCGCAACGUGGCGGGGCAGUGGGUGGAGGUGGCGAUGUCGCGGCACAUAAAGGCGCUGGCGGUGCUCAACCUGCAGAGCUACGCGGGCGGCCGCGACCUGUGGGGCCUGCGUGACCCAGCCCGCGACGCCGCCAAGGGCUGGAAAACCCCCAUCUUCAACGACGGCACCAUCGAGGUGGUGGGCCUGCGCAAUGGGUGGCAGACGGCGCUGGUGAUGGCAGGCCUCACCACCAAGAUCCACGCCAAGCGCCUGGCCCAGGGCACCGAAGUGCUCCUGGAACUCCGCGCAGGAGGUGUGACCAAGGGCGACACGUCCCUGACGCACAUGCAGCUGGAUGGAGAGCCCUGGCCGCAGAUCAUCCCGGCCGGAGACAGCGAACCCCUCAAGGUGCACAUCAAGCACGUGGGCACAGCGGGGAUGCUGUUCAACCCGAUGCAGCUGCGCGGCAUCGCGCCCAAGAUCCAGAAGCUGGCCGUGCGCGAGCGCCGCAUCAGCGCGAUCAACGAGGACGCCGCAUCGCUUUCGCACCCCGGCCACUCACUUCCUCCCCCCGGUCCCG